AUGUCAUCUUCAUCAUCUUCAUCAUGUUAUAAAUCAAGUUUUUUACAAUUAGCAUUAGAUGAGCAAGCAUUAAAAUUUGGUAAAUUUACUUUGAAAAGUGGUAGACAAUCACCAUAUUUUUUUAAUCUUGGAUUAUUUAAUACGGGGAAAUUAUUAUCUACAUUAAGUGAAUCGUACGCAAAAUGUAUAAUUGAAAGUGGCAUUAAAUUUGAUAUUUUGUUUGGACCGGCUUAUAAGGGGAUUCCAUUAGCUGCCAUAACGGUAUCAAAACUAGCGGAACUCGAUCCUGAAAAUUAUAGUGAUGUUGGCUAUUCAUUUAAUAGAAAAGAAAAGAAGGAUCAUGGUGAAGGUGGAAAUAUAGUUGGUUGUCCGUUGAAAGGUAAAAAGAUUUUGAUUAUUGAUGAUGUUAUAACUGCUGGGACUGCUAUUAAUGAAGCUUUUGAAAUUAUAGCAAAUGAAAAUGGUACUGUUGUUGGUACAAUUAUUGCUUUAGAUAGACAAGAAACUACAAUAAAUGAUGCUACUAGAUCUGCUACUAGAGCAGUUUCUGAAAAGUAUAAUAUUCCAAUUAUAUCAAUUGUUAAUUUAGAUGAAAUUAUUACUAUUUUAAAAGGUAAAAUUAAUGAUGAAGAUAUUAUUAAACUGAUUGAAGAAUAUAGAAACAAAUAUGGUGCGUAA